CGUGCCUUGACGUCACAUUUCGUUUUACAACGAUGGGCCACCAAGCCUCCACCGAGCGAUCAUCCAACCAGUCGGUGCACUUCCUCUCAUCCCCCGACGACAACAACCAAGGCAACAACCCGAUUAAGCUCGACGGCGACCGGGCCGACCUGUCCGUGCUCGAGUUUGCACUUUCCCAGGAGAGCGUCGUGGGGUUCUUUGGGGUCGAUGGCGUCCGCGAGUUUGAUGCCAAGUUUGCCGACGGCAGUCUCGUCCGCCACGGGUCCCUUCCCCACGGCUACGUGGACCUCCUCGGUCCGAUUCUGCCUUCGCUGGACGGACAAGCGUACGACCAUGCCCACGACGCGCUUCGCAAAGCCCUCGCGGGACCGUCGCAGUUGAAUCGGUACAAGUCCGUGCUUCGCGAUAUUGUGCACCGCGAACACCACCGAUGGGCGGCUCGGGGGGGCGUGCAGUCGCUCGCGACAACGUCGGCGGACUUGGUGUUCCACAUCUUCCUCGCCCUUCUCUUCGGCAUGGACGACGCCACAGGCGACCAAGUCAAGGGCCUGCAUUCGGUGGUCGACAACUUCAUCCAAGGCAUGCGCACGUCUCUCGGGUAUGCCGAUCGCACCGCUGUGAAACUUCGCGGCGACUUGCUCAAGACAUUAGUCGACCCUGCCCUCGCCCGCAGUCGUGACCGCGUCGCGCAAGGCGUGUCGAAGGCGUGUGUCCUGGACGCGCUGGUCGCGGACAAGCAGCUCGACGACCACGCGAUCCGCACGCAUAUGUUCCACGUGCUCGUAACCGGUCUCAGCAGCGUCGAAAGCCUCGUCGUGAACUCGAUCACGGCGUUAUGCGUGUUCGAAGAAGAACGCGCCAAGCUCGUGCAGGCGCGGGCCGAGUUUGCCGCCAAGUACCCGACCGUCGACGAGCGGUGGAGCCACCUCGACGAUCUGGGGUACAUCCACCGGUUCCUCAAAGAAGUCACGCGGUACUACGUGGCUGGGCCAAACCACAUAUACGGCCGCGCAACUCGCGACGUGGACAUCGCGACGACCUCCCCCAACAAUCACAACAAGGAGCAAGGCGUGCUCAAACUGCCUCGCGGUACGCUGUGCACUGCGGUGCUGGAAGCCACAACGUCGUGGCCAGACGCGGCGCAGUUUUCUCCGAAUCGCUUUCUCCACCAAGAGCAUGUCGAGCUCUUCCCCCGUGCGCUGGACGAACACAUCCGGACGCUGGUGCUGCAAAGCGUAUUCGUGUCGCUGCUCGAUUACGAGUGGAAAAUGCUGCCAUUCCAAGACUACUCGCUGGCCGAGAACGAGCCCCACGCGACCCCCAAGGGCGGGCUCAUGGCGGUCAACUUUAAACGUCGGUGCCUCGGCGACUCGAACGACGGCAACUUGUUUGAGGUCGCGGGGUGCCACGACGACUAGAAGUUUUUGGCGCUACCGGAAGCCAAGGCAUAUCGCGACAACAUGGAGUCGCUGUACGACAUGUUUACCGACUCGCGCCUCGAUUCGUGGACACAUUUGAUGAUCCAACUGCUGCAAACAAAGCAAGCUGCGUGGGAAGUCCCGAACGCCGCCACGGCGCUCAAGCUGCCGCAGUUUCAAAAGACCUUGCCCAAGAUCAACCUCCUUCACACGUCGAUCAUGGUACCGACCGAAGACGAAGACACGCCGCUGGAUCCGUGGUACGAGAAGGCGGCGAUGGUCCUCCUCCGAGAUACGCUACCGAUUGGCGACAACUUUACUGACAACUGGCUGCCCGGCGAAGACAUGGAAGCGUACGUGAUGCAAAAAGUGGGCAAAAUGUGGCCCCGCGUGAACGUGCACUGGAACGAUCGGUAUUCUGACCGCGCGCUCGAGCUGAUUGCGUUCAACGGGUUUGGCCAACACUUGGUGGAAAAGCUAAGCGACCCGCACGACGACGGGUCGUACUAUGGCGUACUCUUGGACUUUAUGCACGUGUUAGAAGUGCGCCCAGGGUAUGCCAAGUAUGGGGCCGAUGCAUUCUUUACCAGGGAUGGCAAAGUGGUCAAGAUUGUGCGCGGUGGCAACACGUACAUGCCAGGCGACGACCAAUGGGAGUAUGUCAAGUUUUGCUUUCGCAGCUCACUCAACACCAAAGUCACAGCGGUGGACCACUUGCUCGGCAUCCACUCGAUGGUGGCCAACUACUUGACCACGUCGUCGCGCGAAUACCUGCCUGUGAACCACCCGCUGCGCCGCCUCAUCAAACCGUUCACGUUUCGAUCGGUGGUCAUCAACUACGCCGCGGCGUGGGCGCUGUUUUGGCCCAAGGGGAUGCUACAUCGGGGGUUCGCCCUCACGGAGCAAGGCAUGAAACAAACGUGGGAUUACGGCAUUGCUCGGUUCAACUUUGCCACGUUUCCCCAGCAAAUGGCCAGCCAAGGCGUGGACUCGGUCAAGCUGCCGUACCAUGAAGACGGCCUGGACUACUGGAACGUGCUGCGAACGUUCGUGAGCAACUACGUCGACUUGUAUUACACGGGCGACGACGCAGUCCAGCAAGAUCAAUCGGUGAUUCAUUUCUGGGACUACUUGGACAAACUACCGGGGUAUUUCCCACCCCUGAGCUUGGACAAUUUGAAAGACGUGCUCGCGCAAUGCAUCAUGUGGGUCACGGGCAUGCACAAUCACUUGGGCACGUUGGCCGAGUACGUGAGCGACCCGGCGUUCUGCGGGUCGGCUUGGGUCGAAGGCGAGGCCGCCAACCGACCUGGGAGCGCCGUGCGCAUCGCACUCAUCAUGUCAGCCACUGGCUUCGUCCAGCCAUCCGUGCUGGAAGACUUUUCCCACGUUAUGCUUGACGACAAGGCCAAGGGGUUGUGCCAUGCGUUUACAGCGUCGUUGCACAAGCUAGCCGACACCGUCGACGCCCGCAACUCCACGCGCGAGCAAAAGUACGUGUCGUUCGACCCCAAGACGAUUGAGUUGGCUGUUAGCAUUUAAGCAACACUUCAUGUGAUCCAAUAAUGCACGAAUGCAUACUGUACUUCAUAACUGUAACGUUAAGUAAGUAAAACUCCUCCA